UCUGCGGCCAGGUUGGCCGAAGACCCUGCAAGAACUUUCCCGAAAACGCGCUGAUCAACGGAGCGGUGAACACCCAUAGAGGACGUUCCUACGUGGUGUUCAACGGUAACGCGGUGGGCGAGAUAGACGAAUGCGACCAGGACAAGAGAGUCGCCAAAUUUACGCCCCUCGAGGCGACGUUUCCCGGAAUAUCGAAAGGCGUGACGUCGAUAUUCCGCUACAUCGACGGCAAUCUGUACUUCACCACUCGGUCGCAGUUCUACAAAUUCAACGAAUUUACGAGGACCGUCUCGUCGGCCGGUAAAUUCGAUCUGCGGAUACUGAAUAUCGUCUGCCCUAAGGCCGAACUGCUGCAGCAGUUGCGCGAUCUCCUCGAUCGAAUCGUACGCCUCAACGAUAACUCGCUAACGUCGGCGAGCGAUUAUUGGAACGAUGACGACACCGGAGUUCGGCUCUCCGAUUUCCGCAUCCGCCGAAAGAAGUAG